GUUUUUCCACGCAAAUAUUAUUGUUCAAGUCAAAUAGCUUCCUAGAGUGAAACUUCCUGGAAAUUUCCUCCUCUGGUCUUCUGGUGGUUUUGUUCUUGAUUUUCUUGGUUACAUGUUACGAUCUGCUCUAUGGGAGGCUGAAGAAUCAGAGUCUCUUGAAGAAUUCUCUUUUUUCUUCAUAUUGCUAAAAAGUGCGUUCUGCGGAUAUAAUGGUUUUGUUCAGAAAUUUGGUGGCUCAUAUCUUCUGUUCCAUGGAUGUACCUUGAUUUGGAUAACGUCAUUCAUAUAUUUGUCUUGGAAGUUUUCUCUUUUAUAGAAUGGCUGCUUCAUCAUCUUCUUGUCCUUUUGAUGCGUUCUUGAGCUUUAGAGGCGAUGACGUUCGCAAGACUUUUGCAGAUCAUGUCUAUGCAGCUUUGACUGGAGCGGGGAUUCACACCUUCAGGGACGAUGAAGAAAUUGAGAGGGGGAAAAACAUUGACCAAGAACUCACGAAAGCAAUACAACAAUCAAAAGUAGCAGUAAUAGUGUUUUCUCCAGACUAUGCCUCUUCAAGAUGUUGCCUUGAUGAGCUUUUGAUGAUCAAUGAGCGUAGAAAAUCUGAUGGUAUGCAUAUUUUGCCAAUUUUUUACCAUGUCGAUCCAAGUGCAGUCUGGCGGCAGAAAGAAAGCUUCAAGGAAGCAUUUGAUAGACAUGAAGAGCAACUAAAGGAGGAGAUAGACAAGGUGGAAAGAUGGAGGGCAGCUCUUAAAGAAGUUGCAGAUCUAGGCGGGGAGGUUUUAAAAGACCAGUACGAGGCACCGUUCAUUCAAAACAUUGUCAAGCUCGUUGCGAAUAAAUUGGAUCGCAAGCUUCUGCAUGUGGGUUCCUACUUAACAGGAAUAGAUGAUUAUGUAGGCCGGAUUAAUCAGUGGUUGCAAGAUGAGUCGACAAAUGUUAGGAUAUUGGUACUUUACGGGAUUGGUGGGGUUGGAAAGACCACCAUUGCAAAGACUGUUUAUAACCAGAACUCUGACAAGUUUGAAAGGAGCUGCUUUCUUGCGGACGUUGCUGAAACAUCAGAACAGCCAAAAGGUAUGAAUAGCUUACAAGAACAGCUUCUUUCAGAUAUCCACAAGCGGGAAUCAGUAAAGAUAUAUAAUGUAGAUGAGGGAGUUAUGAAGAUCAAGGAUGCUAUGUGUUGCAUGAAAGUUAUCAUUAUUCUUGAUAAUGUGGAUAAUUCAGAACAAUUCAAAUCCAUUAUUGGUAAGCAAGAGUGGCUGUCGUCGGGAAGUAAAAUGAUCGUCACAACUCGAUUGAAGUGUUUGUUAAGUGAAGGUUGUUGGAAACUUCACAUUGAGCCAUUGAGUGUUAAAAAGUCACAUAAACUCUUCGCCUUGCAUGCCUUUGGACGAGAAGAUUCUCCUGAAAAUUUCGAUGAGCACUCUGAACGUGUAGUGAGCCUUUGUGAUGGUCUUCCAUUAGCUCUUUGUGUUUUAGGCUCCUUUCUUCGUCGCAGAAGUAUAGAUGAAUGGAAAAGUGAGAUUAAGGAACUGCAAGAAAUUCCUGAUAGUCAAAUUCAAAAGAUUCUCAGAAAAAGCUUUGAUUCUCUACAUAAUGAUCGUCAUCGAAGCAUAUUUCUUCACAUAGUUUUUUUCUUCAUUGGGUGGGGUAAAGAUGUUGUAGUUAAAAUUUUAGAGGGCUGUGGCUUCGAAGCAAUAAUUGGAGUUCAACAUCUCUUGGAUAGAUGUCUCAUUGAAAUCGAUGAAAGAAACAACCUAGCGAUGCAUCAGUUGGUUAGAGACAUGGGUAGGGAAGUUGUUCGCCAAGAAUCUCCUGAUGAACCGGGGAAGCGCAGUAGAAUAUGUAAUCAUAAAGAGGUAUUUAGGGUGCUGACAGAAAAAACCGGUACCGAGACAAUUAGGGGCCUCAUUCUUGACAUGCAUUUGUUAAGAGAAGAGAAACAUGUCGGCCCAAUUUCAAAUUAUGGAAAUUACAGUCAUGAAAAUUCGGUGGAGGAAUCAGUGCUUGGUUGUGAAGAUAAUCGUUCAAUGCAUAAUCGUCUUGGUGGCAUCGUUUGGCAGCGGAUUGUGAAUUGUAUCCCAAAAACCUCAUCUACCUCUGCAGAUGUGAUAAAAACAGAGGCAUUUGCAAACAUGCGCCAAUUAAAUGUGCUCCUGCUCGAUGAUGUUAAGCUUGAUGGAGGAUAUGAAGAUUUUCCAAAACACUUGGUGUGCCUGCGUUGGCUCAGAUUCCCUUUGAACUCUAUGCCAACGUGUUUAAAUGUGGAGAAACUUGUUGUUCUUGAUAUGCGGUAUAGCAGGCUAAAACAUGCUUGGCAGGGAAAGUCCUUUCCAUGCUUGAAGAUCCUUGACCUAAGUCAUUCUCAUUUACUCACUACAACCCCUGACUUCACGGGACUACCUGGUCUUGAGAGUUUGCUGCUGAAAGAUUGUAUAAAUUUAGUCAAGAUUGACAAAUCCAUUAGAGUCCUAAGGGGACUUGUCUUGUUAAAUCUUGAAGGCUGCGCAAAACUCAAGGAGCUUCCAAAGACAAUUUCUGAUUUGAAAUCACUUGAAGAACUAUAUUUGACUGGUUGCUCAGAACUUAAAGUGCUACCCAAAGUGCUGGCUCAGAUGGAAUCCUUGAAGGUGUUUUUUGCUGGUGGAAUUACCUUGAAUGAAUUAAGCUUUAGCUCGAGAGAUGUAAGGGGGCCUUGGUCUUGGUUAUCAGGCAGAGAAGGUCCAGAAUCCACUAUGUUUUCAUCUGCUUUUCUUCCACGUUCUUUGACCCAUUUAAUCCUUCCAAACUGCAAUUUAUCAGAUGGUAAAUUUACCACGGAUCUUCAUUUGCCGUCUUUGAGACAUUUAGUUCUGCGUGAUAACCCACUUAAUACUAUAUCGGCUGAAAUUCCUGGGCUCCCUUCACUCGUAUAUCUUGAUAUAACGCAGUGCAACAACUUCAACGUUAUUAUAAAGGUUCCUACGAGUAUAGAGGAACUGAAUUUGAUAGGGAGGUUAGUUACACGUCUGUCGGACUUGCUGCGUUUUGGGUUAGAGGACAUCUCCAGUGGUCGUGAAAACCGGUUCAUGACAUCGUUCUGCCAAAAUGUUGUGCAGCUUGUUCAAUCGGAUUGCCCGUAUUUCCGGAGGAAUUUCAUUAUCAUGAACAAUAAUGUUUGGUGCCAAUUACAAUUUCUGGGGGAUGGUCUUCGGUCACGUGAAAUACUACAGGAGAAUACUUCGGGUCCUUCGCUUGCGCAUAACUUACUUCUUUGGGAUAUGCAUAAGGGAAAAUUAUUAGAGGCGGAUGAGGGAUAUAUGAAGACCGGGAGUUUCUUGGCUAUCCUGAGGGUUUUCAUUGAAAGUUUGAUUUAAAAAUUAAAAAUUCAUUUAAUUGAAAUUUUGAUGGAAAAAGCUACUAUGAGAUUUCUCACAAUGGAUUUUAGUGUGCUUAAUUAUAUGAUUAGUUGAAUACGCUAUCAAGAAAAAUAUAUUACUUAAAUAAUAUUAAAAUUUAGUUAAAAGUUAAAUUUUACUUUUA